AUGGCCCGAGGAAGUCUCGCGAGAUUCUUUGCCUCCAACCUUGAAGCACCUGCAGAUGUGUUUGAAUAUUUCCUUAAAAAUAAACAGAAAUCAGAAGAUGGAGCUGAAAUCAUGUAUCAUGCAGCUAACCAUAAGUCACAAAUGAAAGAGGCAUUAAAAAGUAGUGCUCACAUGAUAGAGGCAGAUGUUCUUCUUUCCUGUGAUGAAUCAGAACACGGACAGCCAAUAAUGGCUCAUCCUCCUGAAGUAAACAGUGAUAACACUCUCCAGGAGUGGCUAAGUGAAGUUUUAAAAACCAAUAAAGGCAUCAAACUUGAUUUUAAAAGUCUGGCAGCAGUGAAGCCAUCCAUGAUACUUCUGGAAAAUGUUAAGAUGCAAUUGAAUCGUCCUGUGUGGAUUAAUGCUGAUAUUCUUCCUGGUCCCAAUGGAAAAAACAAUGAGUUGGAUGCAAAGAAAUUUCUAGAUACUGUGACAUCCUUUUUCCCAGAUGUGACUUUGUCCUUGGGCUGGACAACUGGGUGGUACCCUAAUCAACUUAAUGAAGGCUACAGUUGGACAAUGGUGAAAGAUAUGGAAUAUAUAUGUAAUAAACUAAGUCAGCCUGUAACAUUUCCUGUCAGAGCAGCAUUAGUUAGGCAAUCUUAUCAUCAGUUGCUUUGGCUGGUACAACAAUCAAAUAGGUACAGUCUGACUAUUUGGACAGGAAAAGAUGAUAAAUAUUCCACUGAAGAUUUGCUCUAUAUCAGAGAACACUUUGGGAAAAAGCAAGUUUUCUAUGAUAUCUUAGAACCACAGAACCAAGAAUUCAAACAAGCUAUUGGAAUAGAAACUGAAAAAUAAAAGAUUUUACAAACUUUCAUACAUUCUUAUUUCACAUGCUUGAUUUGCUUUGAACUUAAAAAACCCCAGAAUUACUU